AUAUAGAAUGGGUUGGGAAUUAUGCCUAGAUCCCGUAUAAAUGGAAAUUUCAUUGAUAAGACCUCCUCGAUUGUAGCCAAUAUUUUAUUGCAAAUAAUUCCGACAACCUCCGGGGAAAAAAGGGCAUUUACUUAUUAUAGAGAUGGGAUGUUGGCUCAAUCCGAAGGAAAUUAUGCGGAAGCUUUGCAGAAUUAUUAUGAAGCUACGCGACUAGAAAUUGAUCCCUAUGAUCGAAGUUAUAUACUAUAUAACAUAGGCCUUAUACACACAAGCAAUGGAGAGCAUACAAAGGCUUUGGAAUAUUAUUUCCGGGCGCUAGAACGAAACCCCUUCUUACCGCAAGCUUUUAAUAAUAUGGCCGUGAUCUGUCAUUACCGAGGAGAACAGGCCAUUCUACAGGGCGAUUCGGAAAUUGCGGAAGCUUGGUUUGAUCAAGCUGCUGAGUAUUGGAAACAAGCUAUAGCGCUUACUCCAGGAAAUUAUAUUGAAGCACAGAACUGGUUAAAGAUUACGAAGCGCUUUGAAUUUGAAUAAGACCACUCUCCAUUUUCAUAAAAAGGGUGGUUUGGUUGAAAAUCAAAUCAAGAAUUUCAUUAUAUCCCUUUCUUCUACCUUCAAUUUUAUAUCAUAUUUCAUAAGGAUAAACAAUAGGGAUAGGCUCUGGAACAGAAGUAAUAAAGUACAUAAAAAUCGGCAAUCUAAAUAUUCCUACCUAAUAUAUCAGGACGGUCUUAUUAAUAAUUCUAAUGAGUUAUCUUGGAAUUUUGAAUCGAAUCAAAAAAUCUAUAUUAUGCUCACUCAAGGAAAGUAGAUGUAGAUAGGGGCUUAUACCCUCAGAAAAAAAAUACACCAGCUUCUUAAAUUAAAACGUAAAAAAAGAUUUUUUUGUUAUGUCGGGAAAUAAUUUUCCAGAAUAACCAAUGUCCGUUAGGCACCUAAUCCUUAUGUCAUAAUAGAUCCGAACACUUGCCUCGGAUUGACUUCAAUAUAUAAUUGCUCCAGUGAAUAACUAAAAAAAAAAAAUAGAAGGACGGUAGAUAGUAAAGAAAAGGACUAAUCAUAAUAUCUAUCUUUAAAAGAUUCAAUAAAAAGACAGUUGGCGGGUCUCUUUGUAUGUCUUGUCCGGAAAGAGGAGGACUUAAUGAUUAUUCGUUCGUCGGAACCAGAAGUUAAAAUUGCUGUGGAUAGGGAUCCUAUAAAAACAUCUUUUGAGGAAUGGGCCAGACCCGGGCAUUUCUCAAGAACAAUAGCUAAGGGCCCCGAUACUACCACUUGGAUCUGGAACCUACAUGCUGAUGCUCACGAUUUCGAUAGUCAUACCGGUGAUUUGGAGGAGAUCUCCCGAAAAGUCUUUAGUGCUCAUUUCGGCCAACUCUCCAUUAUCUUUCUUUGGUUGAGUGGCAUGUACUUCCACGGUGCCCGUUUUUCCAAUUAUGAAGCAUGGCUAAGCGAUCCUACUCACAUUGGACCCAGUGCUCAGGUAGUUUGGCCAAUAGUAGGACAAGAAAUUUUGAAUGGUGAUGUAGGCGGGGGUUUCCGAGGAAUCCAAAUAACCUCUGGUUUUUUUCAGAUUUGGCGAGCAUCCGGAAUAACUAGUGAAUUACAACUCUAUUGUACCGCAAUUGGUGCAUUGAUUUUUGCAUCGUUAAUGCUUUUUGCCGGUUGGUUCCAUUAUCACAAAGCCGCUCCCAAAUUGGCCUGGUUCCAAGAUGUAGAAUCCAUGUUGAAUCACCACUUAGCGGGAUUAUUAGGACUUGGGUCUCUUUCUUGGGCGGGACACCAAAUCCAUGUAUCUUUACCGAUUAACCAAUUUCUCGACGCUGGGGUUGAUCCUAAAGAGAUACCACUUCCUCAUGAAUUUAUCUUGAAUCGCGACCUUUUGGCUCAACUUUAUCCUAGUUUUGCCGAAGGAGCAACCCCUUUUUUCACCUUGAAUUGGUCCAAAUAUGCGGAAUUUCUUAGUUUUCGCGGAGGACUAGAUCCAAUAACCGGUGGUCUAUGGUUGAGCGAUAUUGCACACCAUCAUUUAGCUAUUGCUAUUCUUUUCCUGAUCGCUGGUCAUAUGUAUAGGACCAAUUGGGGUAUUGGUCAUGGACUUAAAGAUAUUUUGGAGGCUCAUAAGGGCCCAUUUACAGGACAAGGCCAUAAAGGUCUCUAUGAAAUCCUAACAACGUCAUGGCAUGCUCAAUUAUCUCUUAACCUAGCUAUGCUAGGCUCUACAACUAUUGUUGUAGCUCAUCAUAUGUACUCUAUGCCCCCCUAUCCAUACCUAGCUACUGACUACGGUACACAACUUUCCUUGUUCACACACCACAUGUGGAUUGGCGGAUUUCUAAUAGUUGGUGCUGCUGCACAUGCAGCCAUUUUUAUGGUAAGAGACUAUGAUCCAACUACUCGAUACAACGAUCUAUUAGAUCGCGUCCUUAGACACCGCGAUGCAAUCAUAUCCCACCUUAACUGGGUAUGUAUAUUUCUGGGUUUUCACAGUUUUGGCUUGUACAUUCAUAAUGAUACCAUGAGUGCUUUAGGCCGUCCCCAAGAUAUGUUUUCGGAUACCGCCAUACAAUUACAACCCAUCUUUGCUCAAUGGAUACAAAAUAUCCAUGCUGGCGCGCCUGGCGUAACAGCUCCUGGUGCAACAACAAGUACCAGCUUAACGUGGGGAGGCGGCGAGUUAGUAGCUAUAGGCGGCAAAGUAGCUUUGUUACCUAUUCCAUUAGGAACCGCAGAUUUUUUAGUCCAUCACAUUCACGCAUUUACCAUCCAUGUGACUGUAUUAAUACUUUUGAAAGGUGUUUUAUUUGCUCGCAGUUCCCGUCUGAUACCUGAUAAAGCAAAUCUUGGCUUUCGCUUCCCUUGCGACGGACCUGGGCGAGGGGGAACAUGUCAAGUAUCCGCCUGGGAUCAUGUUUUCUUAGGUCUAUUCUGGAUGUACAAUUCUAUUUCGGUAGUCAUUUUCCAUUUCAGUUGGAAAAUGCAGUCGGAUGUUUGGGGUACUAUAAGUGAUCAAGGGAUAGUAACUCAUAUCACAGGGGGAAACUUUGCGCAGAGUUCCAUUACGAUUAAUGGUUGGCUUCGAGAUUUCUUGUGGGCACAGGCAUCCCAAGUAAUUCAGUCUUAUGGUUCUUCAUUAUCUGCAUAUGGUCUUUUUUUCUUAGGCGCUCAUUUUGUCUGGGCUUUCAGUUUAAUGUUUUUAUUCAGCGGCCGUGGUUAUUGGCAAGAACUCAUUGAAUCUAUCGUUUGGGCUCAUAACAAAUUAAAAGUUGCUCCUGCUACUCAGCCUAGAGCCUUGAGCAUUAUACAAGGACGUGCUGUAGGAGUAACCCAUUACCUUCUGGGUGGAAUUGCCACAACAUGGGCAUUCUUCUUAGCGAGAAUUAUUGCAGUAGGAUAGUGGCUAGGAGGAUUUGAAAGGCAUUAUGGAAUUAAGAUUUCCCAGGUUUAGCCAAGGCUUAGCUCAGGACCCCACUACUCGUCGUAUUUGGUUUGGUAUUGCUACCGCACAUGAUUUCGAAAGUCAUGAUGAUAUUACUGAGGAACGUCUUUAUCAGAACAUUUUUGCUUCUCACUUUGGGCAGUUAGCAAUAAUCUUUCUAUGGACGUCCGGAAAUCUGUUUCAUGUAGCUUGGCAAGGAAAUUUUGAAUCAUGGAUACAGGAUCCUUUACACGUAAGACCUAUUGCUCAUGCCAUUUGGGAUCCUCAUUUUGGGCAACCCGCUGUGGAAGCCUUUACUCGAGGAGGUGCUGCCGGUCCAGUGAAUAUCGCUUAUUCUGGGGUUUAUCAGUGGUGGUAUACAAUUGGAUUGCGCACCAAUGAAGAUCUUUAUACUGGAGCUCUUUUUCUAUUAUUUCUUUCUACGCUAUCCUUAAUAGGGGGUUGGUUACAUCUACAACCCAAAUGGAAGCCAAGCCUUUCGUGGUUCAAAAACGCCGAAUCUCGUCUGAAUCAUCAUUUGUCAGGACUUUUCGGAGUAAGUUCUUUGGCUUGGACAGGACAUUUAGUUCAUGUUGCUAUUCCCGGAUCCAGGGGGGAGUACGUUCGAUGGAAUAAUUUCUUAGAUGUAUUACCCUAUCCCCAGGGGUUGGGUCCCCUUCUGACGGGUCAGUGGAAUCUUUAUGCCCAAAAUCCUGAUUCGAGUAAUCAUUUAUUUGGUACCACUCAAGGAGCGGGAACUGCCAUUCUGACCCUUCUUGGGGGAUUCCAUCCACAAACACAAAGUUUGUGGCUGACCGAUAUUGCUCAUCAUCAUUUAGCUAUUGCAUUUAUUUUUCUCAUUGCCGGUCAUAUGUAUCGAACUAACUUCGGAAUUGGGCACAGUAUCAAAGAUCUUUUAGAAGCACAUACUCCUCCGGGGGGUCGAUUAGGACGUGGGCAUAAAGGCCUUUAUGAUACAAUCAAUAAUUCGAUUCAUUUUCAAUUAGGCCUUGCUCUAGCUUCCUUAGGGGUUAUUACUUCCUUAGUAGCUCAACAUAUGUACUCUUUACCUGCUUAUGCAUUCAUAGCACAAGACUUUACUACUCAAGCUGCUUUAUAUACUCAUCACCAAUACAUUGCAGGGUUCAUCAUGACAGGGGCUUUUGCUCAUGGAGCUAUUUUUUUCAUUAGGGAUUACAAUCCGGAACAGAAUGAAGAUAAUGUAUUGGCAAGAAUGUUAGACCAUAAGGAAGCUAUCAUAUCUCAUUUAAGUUGGGCUAGCCUCUUCCUAGGAUUCCAUACCUUGGGCCUUUAUGUUCAUAACGACGUUAUGCUUGCUUUUGGUACUCCAGAAAAGCAAAUCUUGAUUGAACCUAUAUUUGCCCAAUGGAUACAAUCUGCUCAUGGUAAGACGACAUAUGGGUUCGAUAUACUCUUAUCUUCAACGAAUGGCCCCGCUUUCAAUGCAGGUCGAAACAUAUGGUUGCCCGGAUGGUUGAAUGCUGUUAAUGAGAAUAGUAAUUCGCUUUUCUUAACAAUAGGACCUGGGGAUUUCUUGGUUCAUCAUGCUAUUGCUCUAGGUUUGCAUACAACUACAUUGAUUUUAGUAAAGGGUGCUUUAGAUGCACGCGGUUCCAAAUUAAUGCCGGAUAAAAAGGAUUUCGGGUAUAGUUUUCCUUGCGACGGCCCAGGGCGCGGCGGUACUUGUGAUAUUUCUGCUUGGGACGCGUUUUAUUUGGCAGUUUUCUGGAUGUUAAAUACCAUUGGAUGGGUUACUUUUUAUUGGCAUUGGAAACACAUUACAUUAUGGCAGGGCAACGUUUCACAAUUUAAUGAAUCCUCCACUUAUUUGAUGGGAUGGUUAAGAGAUUACCUAUGGUUAAACUCUUCACAACUUAUUAAUGGAUAUAAUCCUUUUGGGAUGAAUAGUUUAUCAGUAUGGGCUUGGAUGUUCUUAUUUGGACAUCUUGUUUGGGCUACAGGAUUUAUGUUCUUAAUUUCCUGGCGUGGAUAUUGGCAGGAAUUAAUUGAGACUUUAGCAUGGGCUCAUGAACGGACACCUUUGGCUAAUUUAAUUCGCUGGAGAGAUAAGCCCGUGGCUCUUUCCAUUGUGCAAGCAAGAUUGGUCGGAUUAGCCCACUUUUCCGUGGGUUAUAUAUUCACUUAUGCAGCUUUCUUGAUUGCCUCAACAUCAGCAAGUUUGUUAAUUUAGUUAUUUUUUUUUGUACUGUAUCAGAACCCAGUUCAUUACUCUUGAUGGAGAGGGAGGAUCCGCCUUUUUAGAUUUUUGCUAUUUAUUUUUCUAUCUAGGAUUAGAACCAUAUACUUGGUAAUAAUAGGAACGGCACAUUAUGGCAAACAAAGUUUGAUUCAGAGGGAGAAGAAGCGGCAGAAAUUAGAACAAAAUAUCAUUUGAUUCGUCGAUCCUCAAAAAAAAAAGAUAAGAAGCAAAGUUUCCCCUUUGAGUUUGAGCGAAAAAAAACAAAAAUGCAAGAAAAAUUGCAAUCCCUACCACGUAAUAGUGCACCUACACGGCCUUCAUCGACGUUGUUUUUUAACCGGAAGACCUAGAGCUAACUAUCGAGACUUUGGGCUAUCCGGACACAUACUUCGAGAAAUGGUUUAUGCAUGUUUGUUACCGGGUGCAACAAGAUCCAGUUGGUAAGGAUAAAAAUACCCUUUCUUUCAUAUUUGUAUGGUUUCUCGAAUUGAUGAUCGUAGAAGAGCCCUCUUUACCAUUCUGUAUAAAUGGACUAUUCUAUUUGUAUAGAUAUGGUAGAGGGGCCUAUCCACCCACUAGUUUCCCGCUAAGAAGGUGGAGCAGUUUGGUAGCUCACAAAGCUCAUAACCUUGGGGGUUACGGGUUCGAUACUGGACUACCUGCUCCAUAUUCUUCUUUAUGAUAUAUGUAUCAUCCAUUUGUAUAUGGUAUAUGGAUUUGUUUUUCUUUCCUAAAAGAGUUUCGGUCUAACAGUUUUUUAUUAUUUCUCUGAAAUAUAAAAAAGAAAGAAUAAAAUAAGAAAGAGAAGCGUCCAUUGUCUAAUGGAUAGGACAGAGGUCUUCUAACCUUUGGUAUAGGUUCAAUCCUAUUGGACGCAAUCUUUUUCUAUCUAUUCUUUAAAUAACUAUACUAAACGAAAAAAAAAUUUUGCAUGAUUCAAAUGAAAAAUCUUUGAUUCCUCUUCUACUAACACGAGUUAUACUAAUAAGAGUAGACAUGCUAUAUUUAUGUUUGUUCCUGAGGGAAAACCGUUCAAGCUGUUCCUGAAUAGCUUCCUUCAAAAGGGUUUCUGCUUGCUCGUGAAUGUCUUACUAGAAGAUAUAAUUUCUUGGAAUUGAGGUUUAGUAUCUUUUAGGUGUUUACGUAACUCAUCCAGAAAUUUCUUUACCUGUUCAAUUUCUAACGAAUCAAGAUAUCCUCUCGUUCCGGUAUAAAUAGUAGCUACCUGCUCUUCCACUGGGAGAGGGUUUGAUUGGAUUGUUUAAGCAAUUCCCGUAAUCGUCGACCCCUUGCCAAUUGAUUCUGACUUGUUUUAUCCAGAGCGGAGGCGAAUUGUGCAAAGGCUUGUAAUUCUGCGAAUUGAGCUAGUUCCAAUUUUGAUUUGCCAGCUACUUGUUUCAUGGCUUUAAUUUGAGCUGCGGAUCCUACUCUGGAAACUGAAAUACCCACAUUAAUAGCAGGUCGAAUUCCGGCAUUGAAUAGAUCCGCGGAUAAGAAUAUUUGUCCAUCUGUAAUUGAAAUUACAUUAGUAGGAAUAUAGGCGGAAACGUCUCCAGAUUGAGUCUCCACUAUUGGUAAAGCGGUCAUACUCCCUUCGCCUAAAAGAGAAUUUAAUUUAGCGGCUCUUUCUAAAAGGCGUGAAUGCAAUAAAAAACAUCCCCUGGAUAAGCUUCGCGGCCGGGAGUCUUCUUAAUAGAAGGGACAUUUGGCGAUAAGCUUGUGCCUGUUUGGAGAGAUCAUCAUAAAUUAUUAAGGUAUGCCGUUCGCGGUACAUAAAAUACUCAGCCAGGGCUGCUCCCGUAUAAGGAGCGAGAUAUUGUAAUGUAGCGGGUGAAUCCGCCAUUUCAGCUACUACAAUAGUGUAUUUCCAUGGCCCCCUCUUCGUGGAAAGUAGUUACUACUUGAGCCACGGAGGAUGCUCUUUGACCGAUAGCUACAUAAACACAUAUUACAUCUUGACCUUUUUGAUUGAGAAUUGUAUCUGUGGCUACUGCUGUUUUGCCAGUCUGUCUGUCCCCAAUAAUUAACUCUCGCUGACCGCGCCCUAUGGGGAUCAUCGAAUCGAUAGCAAUAAGCCCUGUUUGAAGGGGUUCAUAUACGGAACGCCUAGAAAUUAUACCCGGAGCAGGAGAUUCAAUUAAGCGAGAUUCUGAAGCGACAAUUUCGCCUCUCCAUCAAUAGGUUUAGCGAGAGCAUUUAUAACACGACCCAAGUAAGCCUCGCUCACGGGUAUCUGAGCAAUUCUUCCUGUUGCUUUUACAAAACUUCCCUCUUGUAUCAUCAACCCAUCGCCCAUUAAUACAAUCCCAACAUUUUUAGAUUCCAAAUUCAGAGCAAUACCUCUCGUCCCUUCUGCAAAUUCGACUAAUUCACCUGACAUUAUUUCACCAAGACCUAUAAUACGAGCAAUCCCAUCCCCCACUUGCACUACGCGACCGAUAUUCUCAAUCCCUACUUUCCUAUUAUUUGUUCAAUACGUUCGCGGAGAAUUUUAUUAAUUUCGUCGACUCGAAGGGUUGCCAUUAGUGUUUCUUUAAUUUUUUUUUUUUGGAAGCAAGGGAAAAAUAAUGCCUAAAUUCUAAACAAAGUAGAAGUUCAAAACCUAAUAAAUUGAAUUAUCUCUUCCAUUCUAUGGCCCCGAGAAUGCCAAUAUUAGCACGAAUCGUACGGAAAUGUAACUCGGUAUUCAAACAACUAUUCAGAGUUCCUAGAGCUCCUUGUACAGCUUGUUGGAAAACCCGUUGUCGGACCUGAUUCAUCGCCCUUUGUUUUCAAAAUAAAGGGUUUCGUUUUUUAGACUUUUCUAAUUGUUCCAAACUAAUAGAAGUAGCAUUAAUCAAAUUUUCUUUUUCUCGUUCUAUUUCAGAGUAUCCAUUCAUUCGAUACUCAUCUGCUUCCAGUUCGACUUUCUGUAAUCGAAUACGAGCUUUUUCGAGUUGUUCAAGGGUCCCUUUACGCAAUUCUUCCGAAUUUCGAAUAGUACUUAAAAUCCUCUGUUUUCGAUUAUCUAAUAAAUCUUUUAAUGAAAGUAGAUUAUCUUGCUAUUAAGUUUACAAUUUUUAUGAUCUCUUCCCGAACCAAACAUGAAUCUUUCGAUUCAUUUGGCUCUCCCGCUCCUUUUUUUCUUUUUUGUUAUGUAUUAUGGCUAUUUCCAUAUCUUUUUUUUAUGUAAUGAGCCUAUCCUCUAUCCUCUCUUUUCUGUUUGUAUUUCUAUAUACCCAAACUUAUAUAAGACUAGAUGAAUAUUAAGAGGACUCUUCCAACUAGAUAAAAAUCUAUCAUGGUCAGCAAAGUUGUUUCUUUAUUUGUGUUUGCUCUGUUAGUUAAUAAUUUCAAUUUCAUUAAGAAAAACUAACUAAAUAAAUGGAAAAUAAAAAUUGAUAGAAUUCCUUUUAUUUUUCUUCAAAUCCAAAAAAUUUCUCUUUUUUUAUACAUAGGUCGUCGAUUUGGCAUUGGAAAAAGGGCUGCGUGCCCUUCUAGUAAAUAGUUCAAACUAUUUUAUCGAUAUGAGUGUUCUAUAUCAGAUAAAUUCUACACUAGCUAUUCCCGUUUAAAGCAUUUCGAGACUAAUACUAAUGUAGUUGUAGAAAGAGUACCCCUUUUUGCCCGGACUUCAAGCAGUUUAGCUUUAACCGUGUUAAUGGUCUCACAUUAUUGGUCUAUAGAGAAUCAAAGUAAAUUUACCAAUGAAUCGCGAAAUGCUAUGGUUCUUCCAUAUGAUUUCUGAAGUUAUUCAGAAGUAAUUCGUCGAGAUCGUGCACCUUUUCUUAUUUAUCAAAAAAAAUACUAAAAAUAUUCUAAAGUGCAGCCGGAUAGAUCCAAUCUAUUCUUGAAAUAGACAACUCGCACACACUCCCUUUCCAAAAAAAAAUCAAUACACCAACCACUACAGUUAGAUUUAUUAGAUUGUUGCUAAAAUAUCGGUAUUAAGCCCGAAACUCCCAGCGAAUGGCCAGUGAGCUAAAAAAACAAAAGAAUGGGUUACAUUUUUCAUAUGCUCUCCUCUUAUAGAUAGGACGAACAAAGAAGAAAGUUUUUCGAUUACUUACUUCGCUCGUCCUUUUUGAUCGGUUUUUUUAAUGCAAAUAGAUUCAAUCUAAUAAUUUCUUUUAGAUUAAGUCUUAGGUCUCGUUUGACCUGUGAAAGAUCUCCUUUGUUGAAAUGUUCCCAAAAUUCCUAAAAUAAAAGGAAAAAUACUUUCCACUGUCCUAAACUAAGGACGGGAAGGAAGAGGGCGAGCAUAUCCUCUAAAUUGAUCAUGCUCAAAUCAGCCCUUCUUGGGGUUCCUAGGGUAUUGUCUGUCCCGAUAAAUACAAAAUUUCCGGAAUAAUAUAAAAAAGAAAUAAUAUAAUAAAUAGGAGUAAAGUAAAGUAUUGAUAUACUUAGAAUUACAUAAGCAAAUGCCAUGUACUAAAAAAAGAAAAAAGUAUCUAAUCUAAAGGACUCAUUUUCUUUUUUAGGAUUAAACAAAAGGGUUCGCAAAUAAAAGCGCUAGUGCCACAACCAGUCCAUAAAUUGUUAAAGCUUCCAUAAAAGCUAGACUAAGCAAUAAAGUACCUCUUAUUUUACCUUCUGCUUCUGGCUGUCUCGCAAUACCUUCUACAGCUUGUCCUGCAGCAGUACCUUGACCAACUCCGGGCCCAAUAGAAGCAAGCCCUACGGCCAAUCCAGCAGCAAUAACGGAAGCAGCAGCAAUUAGUGGAUUCAUGAUGAGUUCCUCGUGUCAAAAAAAAAAGAAAUGGUUAAGGAUACAAUCAACCAAGAAAUUAUUACUUCCAACUUCUAAGCUCUAUCGGGUAGAAGUAACUAAUAAGUACAAAUAAAUGAUAAUCGAAAUCGUUCGAAUUACUUCGAGAUCUCGUUUUUUAGUUUCUAAUCAUUAGAGGUUUGUGUAAAUCCAUAUGAUUCUCAUUAUUCUAUUUCUCUUUCUUUUCAACCAAUCACUCUUUUAUUCCAUCCUUUUUUUACUCUUCGAUAUCUUUGAGUUCCCAUUUUUUCCCCUUCAUCUAACAUAAUAAAAGACGAAAUACAGGAAGAACCCCUAUUGAAAUCGAACUAAUCCAAAUCCAAUAGGAAUCAAAUCAAGAUAUACAAUUGAUAACAAUAUGCUGCAUAGAACUAGAUAUGGAAUCCAGUUCCAUAUAGAAGGGAAUUCUAUAUAUCGGAUUAGAUAAUGAAUCUAACUUAGGAAUAAAAAAAAUCCCAUAUACAUUUGUUUCUUCUAUUUUGUUUGCCUAUUUCUCAUUUUCUAUUGAAUCCGAUUCUAAAAUCAUUCUUUAGAAAGCCACACAAAAGAUGACUGUCUUAUAGGCAUUAAAGAUAUAGAUCUAACCUGACUUGGCCCCCCUGAAUGCAUAUAUACUUUACCUCUUCCAUAAUAUAGUCUAUUCUCUCUCCUACAACUCUAGGUUGUAUAUUCAUACGCCUUUCGAACUAUUUAGUUUUCCAACUAAGAGGAUUAUCCGGAAUCAUGCAUGAAUUGGGCUAAGCUAAAAAAAGAAAGACUAUUUCAAAAACUAGUUAAUUCAAUGAUGACCUUCCAUGGAUUCACCUAUAUAGGCUGCGGCUAACGUUGCAAAAAUAAGAGCUUGAAUACCGCUUGUAAAUAAUCCAAGAAACAUGACCGGUAUAGGGACUACUAAGGGGACUAAAGAAACAAGAACAACAACGACUAAUUCAUCCGCCAAUAUAUUUCCGAAAAGUCGAAAACUAAGUGAUAAUGGUUUUGUGAAAUCUUCUAGGAUGUUAAUAGGUAAAAGGAUUGGGGUUGGUUUAAUAUAUUUUUCGAAAUAACUCAAUCCUUUUUUGCUAAGACCCGCAUAAAAAUAUGCCGCUGAUGUUAGUAAAGCUAAAGCAACAGUAGUAUUUAUAUCAUUCGUGGGCGCUGCUAAUUCCCCAUGGGGUAACUCUAUAAUUUUCCAAGGUAAAAGAGCACCUGACCAAUUCGAAACAAAAAUAAAAAGGAACAUAGUUCCAAUAAAGGGAACCCAGGGACCAUAUUCUUCUCCAAUCUGAGUUUUGCUCAAGUCUCGAAUAAACUCAAGGACAUAUUCGAAGAAAUUCUGACCAUCGGUCGGGAUGGUUUGUGGAUUCCGAACAGCUAUGAUAACUGAACCUAGCAAAAUAGUAAUUACGACCCAAGAAGUGAUGAGUACUUGGGCAUGAAUUUGGAAACCUCCUAUUUGCCAAUAGAAGUGUUGCCCUACUUCUACACCCGAUAUAUCAUAUAACCCCUUGAGUGUUUUAAUGGAACAUGGUGUAAUAUUCAUAUUGUCCUCUGAUAAAAAUUGAACUUCAAAAAAGGAAUUCUUUUGAUUCAAGCAUCUCUUUCUCAACUCAGCAACUUGAAGUAUUAAUCUUAUAUUUAAUAUACCAAGAAAUCACAUCAGAUCAUAAUAUAUAUCAAUACCCUCUAAUAUAUAUCAAUAUUUCCCUUCUUUUAUCUAUGCAAAACAAAAAAGAAUAGUAAUUAAUCCUAUAAAUCUACGCAGUUGCUCAAGAAUUCACUAUUCUUCUUAAUCAACGAUUUCUUAUAUAGAGAGAACGGCCCUCAGAAAUUGCAAAUACUAAUUUGUUAAGAAUUAAUCGAAUUGAAGUCAUAGUGUCAUCGUUGGCAGGAAUCGAUAUAUUCGCAAGAUCUGGGUCACAAUUUGUAUCGACUAAAGAAAUAGUAGGAAUCCCCAAAAUGGCACAUUCCUGAAGAGCUAUAUACUCUUUUUGCUGAUCAAGGACGAUCACAAUGUCAGGCAACCUCGUCAUAUAUUUGAUCCCGCCGAGAUAUCUUUGCAAGGUAGAUAAUUUUCUCUUUAAGAUUGCCGCAUCUCUUUUUGGGAGAUGGUGGAAUUUUCCCAUUUUUUCUUCUGCUCUUAAGUCUCUAAAUUGAGAAAGUCUAGUUUUGGUAAUCGACCAAUUCGUUAACAUACCGCUGAACCACUUUUUAUUAACAUAAUGACAACGAGACCUUAUUGCAGCUGAUGCUACUAAAUCCGCUGCUCUUUUUUUGGUACCAACAAUUAAGAAGCUUUUUCCCUGACUUGCUGCAUCAAAAACUAAAUCACAAGCUUCUGAUAAAAAACGAGCUGUUCUAGCAAGAUUUGUAAUAUGAGUACCUUUACGCUUUGCCGAGAUGUAAGGGGCCAUUUUGGGAUUCCAUUUCUUAAUACCAUGACCAAAAUGAACUCCCGCUUCUAUCAUCUCUUUCAAAUUGAUGUUCCAAUAUCUUCUUGUCAUUUUUUCCACACUUCCUUUUUUUUUCUUUUUUCGUGUUACCAUUACGGAAUUCAUUUCUUUUUGAAGAUUAAGAAAGAGCCGAAAUAGCUUGAAAUAAAUAAUAAUUGUUCCAAUGGAACCUUCUUGACCAUUGAUACACGGUAUAAACAUAGCCUUAAUGAAUUAACUGACUUCUUUUACUUAUUAAAAUACAAUUUAAAUUUAAGUACAAAAUCGAAAAUCAGACCUGUUAGCAUUCUAAGGUCAAAAGUAUAGUUUAAAUUAAAGUAAAAAAAAUUGCUUUAUGUAUACUUAAAUCGUAUAAAUAGGGGUAAACGGGGUCUCUGAUGUUUCAUAGAAAUUGUUUGUUACGUCAGAAUCAGAAGAAACUAAUUCUGUAUGGAGAAACAAAAUAUCUCUCAUUUCCGACGCGAAUAGAUUUUUUUUUUGAAUUUCUAAAUAAAGGUUCUUGUCUUGUGGGGAACGAUGCACAAAUUUUUGGAAUCCGGUACCAACAGGUAUAAUCCCCCCCAGAACUACGUUUUCUUUCAGACCUUUCAACCAAUCAAUACGACCUCGUAGGGCAGCUUUUGCUAAAACUCGAGCAGUUUCUUGAAAACUUGCUUCAGAUAUGAAACUUUGGGUAUUCAGGGAAGCCCUUGUUAUUCCCAAUAAGAUUGCCCGAUAAUAGAUCGAUUCAUCUAAAGCCCGCCCUGCUCGUUCCGCUCGCAAUAGUCCUAUUAAUUCCCCAGGUAAAAAAACAUUAGACAUUCCAUCUUCGGAAACCCUUACUUUUGAUGUUACUUGGCGUAUAAUAAUCUCUAUAUGUCUAUUAUGGAUCUGUACCCCUUGGGAUCGAUAAACCUUUUGGAUCUUAUUAACCAAAGAGAUACGACUUUGGGCUAUGGUUAGCUCAGCUCCAAUCAAGAAUCCCCAGGGAACCCCAAGAAUUCUUGGUAUACGUUCAUUCCAAUCCUCAAUUCUCCUUUCGAGAUUCGGCGAUAGUGAAUCAAUUGAACGCGCUUCGAAGAUUUGUUCUACUUUUGGAAGACCUUGCGUUAUAUCACUGGAUCUCGAUUUUUCAUAUAUAAACGUAACUAACCUAUCUCCUUUGUAAAGGAUUUUUCCAUAAUGACCAUGAACAGUUGCUCCUAUAGUGGCCAAAUAAGGCUUAGCUGCUCUUAGAACAAAGGAGUCCAUAUUAACAAUGAAAAUUUGACCAGAUUUUUUUAUGUGUAAUUUAAAUAGACAUAAAUUUUCACAAAUAAAUUGUCCAAGGUGAAUUAUUGCCAAUGUCUCUUCCCAUGAGUCAUGAUGGAGAAAGUGCCAAUUCAAAUGGAAUGGCUCCAACAUGAUGUUACUGUCAAAAUUCGAAAUCCUUUUAUUUUCGUCUAUUAAAGAGUAUUUAAGUCCUUGAAGUACUUGUAAGGUUUGUUUCAAAUUGUCAAGGAACAAGUAUUUUUUUAACAAGAUCUGAUUAUGCGUUAAUAAAUAGUAAGAUGAAGAAAAAUUCGAUAUACUAGGUACAAUAACGCCUAAGAGCCCAAAAAUAUCUCGAAUAGGAAUUCUAGGAUUCGAUUCUUUUACCGCAUUGGGAUAUUUAGAAUUCUUGAAUAAACCAAUUCGAGAACAGUUGGAUGCCAACAAAAUCAUCAAAGAUGGAUAUUCUUUAUUUCGAUUCAACAAGGUGCCAAUAACUUCUUGAUGUUGGCUAAGUGAUUGAAUCUUCGCCUUGGAAUAAAAGGAAUUGGUAUUGUUGCGAUCUAACCUAUUAUUGGGAAUCAAUCCUACACUUGUCCUAUCAUACCUUCUUCGUGUAUACAAAAUAGUAGACUUGACUAACUCAAUUCUUAGGAAAUCGCGAAUUAGAUCAUUUGUUUUUACCUCAACAAGAGAAGCACGAGCUCCCUCUUUUUCUUCUUGUUCCCAAUUCACUACUAAGCAAGUUCGAACGAAUUGACUAUUCGUGUGAUAAAUUCUUUGAGUUAACUUGCUAUUUUCAUGAGAAAUAAAAUUGACAAGUCGAAGUUGGAGAUUAUCCUCUUCUUGCAGGAGAUCCUGCGGGAAAAGUGUUGCUAAAUUUAUCCCUUCGUCCAUUUCAUAUGCGACUGCAGGUCGAACCGAAACAAAAUACUUUUCCUUGCUUUUGAGAAAUUUUUUCCGUUGAACAUAAACCCAAUUUUUCCUUUUUUUUGAUUCCUUAGAAUCUUUUUUUUCUCUUUCUGGUGGUAUCAAACUGCCACCUAAUAUCUUAUCCGCCUCUUCAGGAAAAUGAAUAUCUCCGGAAAAGAUUUUGAGUUCUGUAUGGCUUUUUUUUCUCUUCACUCGGACCAAUCCACCUAGUCGACUUCUUGUAUUUUUUGUGAGUUGUGUAUCGACUCCAAUAAUACUAUUGUCAAGUACCUUUAGGGAUGAGGAUCUCGGCAAGAUAUGCAGUUCUUGAAGAAUGAAAAAAAACCGAUCUACUUCUUUUGGUAUUUUAGACUAAAUUCUUUUGUUCCUCGAUGCUCAAUAAAACCCUCUUUUUUUAAGAUAGAAUCUUCCUCCGGGCUCCCAUAUUCGUCUUCUGAGUCUUCCUCUGAGUCUUCUUCUGAGUCUUCUUCUAAAGUCCCAUAUUCCUUCUCUGAGCCAUCUUCAGAGCUCCCAUAUUCUUCUUCUGAUUCUUCCUCUAGGAUUUCAUAUUCGCCCUCUCCCUCUCGAGUCCUAUAUUUGUUCUCUAGGCUCCCAUAUUCUUCCUCUGAGUCUUUCUCUAGAGUCCUAUAUUCGUCCUCUAGGAUCCCAUAUUCAUCUUCUAGGGUUUCAUAUUCGUCCUCUAGAGUCCUAUAUUCGUCUUCUAGGAUUUUAUAUUCGCCCUCUCCCUCUCGGGUCCUAUAUUUGUUCUCUGGGCUCUCAUAUUCGUCUUCUGAGUCUUCCUCUCGAGUCCGAUAUUCUUCCUCUCGAGUCCUAUACUCUUCCUCUUGGGUCCGAUAUUCUUCCUCCAGGGUCCUAUAUCUAAAUUUAACAAUUCCUGAACCCCUUUUAUCUUUUCUGUAUCGUGGAUCGUCAAAAUAAGCAAAAAUAGUAUUUCUACGUAAAACACCCAUAAAGGGUAUUUCCAUUGAAAUACCCAAACAGGAUAUUCGCUCUUUUUCUUGUUCUUGAUGAUAUUGUAAUGGAACGACGAGCCUAUUUCUUCGCUUUUUCGCCAACAAAUCUGAAUUAUCUUGAAGAAUGGAAGGAUAGAAACAAUUCCAAUGACCGUUGAACACGAUUCGAUCUGGCGUUAAAUAAUCAAGAAUUUCUCUAUCUUUUUUACCAAAAGUAUCCAACAGUCUAUGGCUUACUUGAUCAUUAGCCAUUGAGAAGUCAAAGAUAUAUCUUCCAUCAACAGAAAAAGAAUAAGUAUUCAUUUGAUCUUGAUCCUUGUGCAGCGAAAAAGAUGCUAUACUGGAUCUGCACAUACUUACUGACAAUAUCCAUAAAUGGCUUGUUUUUGGUAAUCGACGAAGAUUACCAUAUUGAUAUUCGGGCGCAUGGUAAACAUCAGUACUCCAGUGCAUUUCCCCGUCUGAUUCGGAAUAAAUAUGCUUUUGUACCUUUUCUUUAAAAUGCAAAGUGGACGUUCCGGCACGAAUCUCCGCAAUUACUUGUUCAGAUUCUACAUAUUGAUCAUUUUGCACUAGAAUCAAGCUUUUUAACGGAAUAUUCACACUAUGUAGAAUAUCCUGACUCUGAAUAGUUACAUGCAAGUCUAUAUAGCAUAGAAAAGCAGGCUGCCCAUGACGGGUACGUGUGGGGUGAACCAAAUCCUCAUUGAAUUGGAUUUUUCCAUUCGAGGGGGAUCGUAUAAGGUCGGCAGUACCCCCUGUGAAUACUCCACCAGUAUGAAAAGUUCUUAAUGUUAAUUGAGUCCCCGGCUCCCCAAUUGAUUGACCCGCAAUAAUACCUACAGCUUCCCCCAAUUCGACCAGAUCCCCAUGAGUGGGACUCCGCCCAUAACAUAAUUGACAGAUCCAAGAUGUGCUCCGGCAAGUAAAGGGGGUUCUAAUAUAUAUUGGUUGUGCUCGAAACGGUUGUGCUCGAAAGGCAGUUAUGAAUCGAUUGACUAAUCCAAUUCCAAUAUCUUGAUUUCGAGAAGCAAUGCAUCGUGAACCAAUAUAUAUAUCGUCUGCUAAUACACGACCAAUUAGUGUUUGGACAAAAAGUUUUUCCGUCAUCCCAUUUUGAGGACUCACAGAAAUACCUUGGAUAGUACCACAAUCUCUUCUACGCACAAUAAUAUGUUGAACUACUUCAACAAGUCUACGUGUAAGAUAGCCAGCAUCCGCUGUUCGUACAGCAGUAUCUACAACCCCUUUUCGGGCUCCGUAGCAGGAAAUUAUAUAUUCUGUCAAAGAAAGUCCCUCGCGUAAAUUGCUUUGAAUAGGUAAAUCAAUCAUUUGUCCUUGAGGAUCCGCCAUUAACCCUCUCAUACCUACUAAUUGGUGUACCUGAGAUGCAUUUCCUCUGGCUCCUGAAAAAGACAUUAGAUAGACUGGAUUAGAAGGAUCCGUUAUUCGAAAAUUCGAAUUCAUUUCUUGUUUCAAAUAUUCACUUGUAGCAUACCAUAUCUCAACGGAUUGGCGUAAUUUUUCUACCGCGUGUAUAGCUCCAUAAUAAUAGUGUUUCUCCAAAAGAAAACUCUGUUGUUCCGCGUCUUGGACUAACCAUCCUUUAGAGGGUAUUGUUAAAAGAUCCUCGAUUCCUAAAGAAAUCGAUGUAGUAGUGGCUUGAUGGAAGCCCAGAGUCUUUAUUUGAUCCAGUAUAUGGGAUGUAUAUCCCAUUCCGAAAUGAUCUAUUAAUCUGCUAAUAAGCCGUUUCAUAGCAGUUCCGUCUAUCUCUUUAUUAUGAAAGACCAGGUUGGCCCGUUCUGCCAUACAUAAGUACCCCCUUUUUUUGGCUGAGUAGGAUUCGACAAUUGCUGAGUAGGAUUCGACAAUGGGCCUGAGUCAGUGAUUCGAAAACUUAAUUUACUCCCUUUCCUCAAUCUCAAUCUGGAUUUGCGCGGCAAAAAAGAUGGUACUAGCGAAAUCGGAAUGCCCCCCGAAAGGGGCAUCGCCGAAUCUAACUUCCUUGUUUAGAUAGUGUAUGAAUAGGCCCGACUAAAUCCUUGUAUGGCUUCCUCUAUUUCUCUAUAAAAAGAAAUAUGACCAAGAGUGGUUCGAAUGUAUAUAGAACGGAUUUCUUUUUUUCUAUUUCCCACUACUAGAUAGUGGGCAUAAAUCUCAUGAUAAGUCCCAAAAGAUUCAUAUUGAACUUCAAUCGGAACUUCUCUUGACCCAACGAUGCGUUGAUCUAGUUUCCAUCGGAGCCACAAGGGACUGUUUAAACCGAUUCGUUUUUGUCUAUAAGCUCCCAGUGCAUCAUAGGAACUAGAAAAAUGGGGUUCUUUAUCUUUCGUAUACUUAUAAUAAUUGUUAUUAUUGUAGUUUACUUUUUUAUUUGGAGAGUUUCCGCAACUAUUAUAUCUAUUUGCACAAAUACCUAGACGGUUUCCAAUCGUUAAUACAUAAAGUCCGAUAAGCAUGUCUUGGGUUGGCACGCAAAUAGGAUCUCCAAUAGCGGGAGACAGGAGAUUCAUAUGAGAAAACAUAAGUAAACGGGCUUCCGCCUGAGCUUCCAAGGAUAAAGGUAGGUGAACAGCCAUUUGAUCCCCAUCAAAGUCCGCAUUGAAACCCUUACACACUAAUGGAUGUAAACAAAUAGUACGUCCCUCUACUAAAGUGGGUUGGAAGGCCUGUAUGCCUAAUCUAUGCAGGGUAGGUGCUCUGUUCAACAGUACAGGAUGUCCCCGCAUAACUUCUUGAAGUAUUUCCCAUACAAUGGGUUCCUUUUCCCAAAUUUUCCUUUUAGCAAUCCUGACAUUAGAAGUAGCACGUUUCGUGAUUAAAUCGCGAAUUACAAAUAGCUGAAAAAGCUUUAUUGCUAUCUCUAGAGGUAAUCCACAUUGAUGUAAUGAAAGCGAAGGACCCACAACAAUGACAGAACGCCCCGAGUAAUCGACCCGUUUCCCAAGCAGAGUCUCGCGAAACCUCCCCUCUUUACCCUCAAUUACAUCUGAAAGUGAUUUGUAUACUUUAUUGUGACCAUCCCUCGUCGGUUGCCCGCGGGACCCACUAUCAAGAAGUGUAUCCACGGCUUCUUGUACCAAUUUUUCCUGGCACAUUACUAAAUCUGCUGGUGCUAAUUCACUUCUUUUUAAUAGAUAGGCAAGGUUGUUGUUCCGACGGAUAACUCUCUUAUAAAGUUCAUUAAUAUCUGAAGUCACUACUUUAUCCCCAGAUCUAUAAACAAUGGGUCUCAAUUCGGGAGGAAGAACCGGUAAUAAGCACAAAACCAUCCAUUCUGGUUCUACAUUUGUUUGAAUAAAAUGUUUCGCCAAUUGCAUGCGUCUAAUCAAAAAAACUUUUCUUAUUCGUCUUUUUCUAUCUUCCCAUUCAUCUCCACUAUACCCCUCGUCUUCUAAUUCCUUCCAUUCAACCAAAGAAUUCUCUAUAAUAAUUCGCAAAUCUAAAUCUGCUAAUUGUUCUCUAAUAGCGCCUGCUCCUGUUGCAAUUUCCCGAUUUCGAAAUGUUGCAAAGCCUGGGGUAGAAAAAAAGGGAGAAAUACUGUGGUUACAGGAUGAAAUUUCAUCUUCGAAUAAACCCCGUAAUCGUAAGAAAGUAGGUUUUUUAGCGCUGGGCCUAGCAAAAGAGAAAUCACCAUAUACUAGGCCCUCCAAUUUCUUAAGGGGUUUAUCUAAAAGAUUCGCAAUAUAACUAGGAAGACCUUUCAAAUACCACACAUGAGUCACUGGACAUGCUAGUUUGAUGUAUCCCAUUUGAUAUCUUCGUAUCCGAGAAUCAACAAAUUCUACCCCGCAUUUUUGGCAAAAUCUUUCGUCUUCGUUUUCAGCUACGCUCGCUCGAGAGUUUCCACAAGCACAAAUUCCGCUUUUUAUGGGUCCAAAGAUUCUUUCGCAAAACAAUCCAUCUUUUUCUGGUUUAUCGGUUUUAUAAUGAAAAGUGGAGGGCCUUGUGACUUCGCCAACGACUUCCCCAUUAGGUAGGAUUUUUUUAGCCCAAGCCUUUAUUUGUUGAGGGGAAACGAGUCCAAUUUGAAGUUGUUUAUGUUUAUAUUGGUCAAUCAUAAAAUAGAAAUAAGAAAAAAAUUUAUAUUUAUUCCGAUCAAACAUCCUCCCUAUUAACCUGGAAGUUCUUCUCAGAUACAAGGAAAUGGUUCAGUUCUAGAGCCAAAGAUCGUAGUUCUCGAACGAGCACUCGAAAAGAUUCUGGCGGAUCCUCGUGAUUAGGCACUCUUUUUCCCCAGAUCGUAGCAUUAAGUAUUUCUUGGCGAGCUAUAAGAUGAUCAGAUUUAUAAGUAAGUAUCUCUUGUAAAAUAUGAGCAACACCAAAUCCUUCUAAAGCCCAAACUUCCAUUUCUCCUAUUCGUUGUCCCCCUUGCUUGGCUCUUCCUCUAACGGGUUGUUGGGUAACAAGUGAGUAGGGCCCAGUAGAACGUCCAUGAAUUUUCUCAUCAACUUGAUGAAUUAAUUUUAAGAUAUAGGACUUCCCUAUUAGAACAGGCUGUUCGAAGGGAUCUCCUGUUCUUCCAUCAAAUAUUCUGCUUUUUCCCGGGUACUCGGGUUCAAAUACCCAUGGAUUUUUUGUUUGUUUACUGGCUUCAUAUAAUUCCGAAAACACAAGUUUUCUUGAAGCCUCUUGCUCAUAUCUCUCAUCAAAGGGUGCUAUUCUAUAAUGUUUCUUUAGCAGAUCCCCUGCUAAUCCGAGCGAGCUUUCAAAUAUUUGUCCCACAUUCAUUCGUGAGGGUACUCCUAAGGGAUUGAAGACCAUAUCAACAGGUGUUCCAUCUUGCAAAUAGGGCAUAUCUUGCCUAGGCAAAAUUUUGGAAAUGAUCCCCUUAUUCCCGUGUCUUCCAGCUACUUUAUCCCCAACUUUGAUUUCACGUUUCUGUAAAAUAUAUACACGAACCAUUAUGUCAAAGGGGUCCCUCUGGAUCCAUUUCACAUCGAUAACGCGCCCUCUUCCACCUAUAGGUAGUUUGAGAGAAGUUUCUUUUGAAGUGGAUACCUCAAGACCAAAAAUAGCCCGUAAUAAUCCAGCUUCCGCGAUAUAGGACGAUUCGCUCGCUAUCUGAGGCGUUAAUUUACCUACUAAAAUAUCGCCAGUUUCUACCCAGGAUCCCAACCUUACAACUCCAUUUCUGUCCAAAUUGCGAAGUAAAUGUUCUUCUAGAUGUGGUAUUUGUUUAGUGAUUUUUUCAGCGGAGCCUUGGCUUGUCGUAUCCGUCUGAAUUUCAUAUUUUCGGAUGUGAAAAGAAGUAUAAAUAUCCUCAUAUACCAAACGUUCACUAAUUAGUACUGCGUCUUCAAAAUUGUAACCCUCCCAGGGCAUAUAAGCUACUAAAACGUUUUUUCCUAAAGCAAGUUCCCCGCCAACUGUAGCUGCUCCCUCCGCUAAAAUUUGCCCUUUUUUAAUGGAUUUACCCCGCGGAACCCGAGGUUUUUGGUGCAUACAAGUAUUUUUGUUAGAGCGCCGAUGGGCAACUAAAGGAAUACUUAUGGUCUUCCCACUACUUGAUAAAAGGAUCUUGUGACUAUCACUAGAAAUGAUCUUUCCCUCGCGUUGGGCUAUAACGGAAACCCUCGAAUCUAGAGCUGUUUGGCGUUCCAAUCCAGUUCCAACAAUGCACUUCUCGGACCGAGAAAGUGGAACUGCUUGGCGCUGCAUAUUAGAACUCAUUAAAGCCCGAUUCGCAUCAUUAUGCUCAAUAAAAGGAAUGAGAGAACCUCCAAUAGAAAAAUAUUGGAAAGGAAAAAUACUUCUAACAUGAAUCUGUUCCCAUGCAAUAGUCAGGAAUUCUUGACGGUAUCUAGCUGGAACAACCUGUUCUUCCUGAAUACCCUGAUUCAAGGACAAAGAAUUUCCUGCUGCUAUCAUAUAAUAUUCAUCUCUAUUUGGUGAUAAAUAAACUACCUGUCUCUCUUUUUUUUCUUUUGCUUUCUCAGAUAUUUCAUAAAACGGACUCUCUAUAGAUCCCCACCAGUGAUCAAUUCUCGCAUGAAUAGCUAACGAUCCGGUAAGUCCAACAUUGAUUCCUUCGGACGUGUCAAUUGGACAAAUACGCCCAUAGUGACUCGGAUGAAUAUCUCGGCUCCGAAAACUUGCAGUUCUCCCCGUCAAUCCUCCUGGACCCAAACAACUCACUUUUCGCCCAUGAACCGUUUGUGUCAAUGGAUUGGUUUGAUCAAAAACUUGAGCUAAGGGGUAUGUGCCAAAAAAGGUCUCAUAAGUAGUUAUUAAUAAAAUCGAAGUUGAAGUUGGAGUUACCAAAGUUUGUGGAGUCGGUUUCGAUUGACGUAUGAAUACUCUACGGAUAGUUUUUUGAACCGCAUGUUGUAAACGGCCAAGAGCCAGUCCGAAUUGAUCUUGUAACAGAUCUGCAACCGAACGAAUACGUUUAUUUUUCAAGUGAUUCAUAUCGUCAUCGUCAAGUAUACCCGUUCCAAAUUUCAUUCCAAUCAAAUGAUCCGUAGCGGCCAAUACAUCUCGUGGUAACAAGAAUGUAUUGUUCUGAGGGAUAUCAAGAUUCAGUCUCCGAUUCAUAUUUCGUCGACCAACUCUUCCUAAUUCACAUUUUUGUUGAAAAAAUUUCUUUUGUAAUUCCUCGCAUAAGGACUCCGAAAAUACCAGGUCCCCACCUACACAAGCAAAUUGUUGAUAAAACUCCAAAAUAGCUUUUUCUUUUGACUCAAUCCUCUUCUUCUCCUUAGCAUUCGGGAAAGACAAGAAAAUUUCGGGGUAGGAAACAUUAUCUAAAAUUUCUCUUAGAUUCGAACCCAUAGCUGAUGAUAGAACUAAAAUAGAUAUCUUUUGUUUUCUACUCACGCGAGCCCAUAUCCUUUCUUUUUUAUCAAUUGCUAAUUCCGACCUUCCUCCCCAAUCUGAUAUUAUAGUCCCGGUAUAUAUAGAAAUUCCCUUAUGGUCUAAUUCCGAGCGGUAGUAAAUACCAGGACUUAGCAAUAUUUGAUUGAUCACAAUUCGGUAUAUUCCAUUUAUUAUAAAGGUUCCUAAGGAAUUCAUUAUAGGAAUGUUUCCAAUAGAAAUGGUUUCCUUUUGCACAUCGAAACCAAAAAUUAAUCUCGCGGAUACAUAUAAUUCGGAAGAAUAGGUGAGUGAUUCAUACACAGCAUUCCUUUCUUUUAUCGAGGGUUCUAGCAAUUGAUAUCCUUUCGCAAAUAAUUGAAAUGCAAUUUCGUGAUCUGGAUCUUUAAUUGUGGGAAACUUCUCAAGUUCUUCCGCCAAGCCUUGAUUAAUGAAUCUACAAAAUCCCUCGAAUUGGAUCUGACUAAAUCCGGGUAUUGUGGACAUUCCCUCAUUUCCAUUCCGGAGCAUUUGAAUCUUAAGUUUCCUAUUUAUAGAAGAAAAAUUCCAUUAUCAGCUCACUCUUCAUCAAUCCCUACGGAUCAAUCUAGCAAUCAUGGAAUCCAUAUUCUGUUUACUGAAUCACAUGAAAUUCUAGGGAACUCCACAUACGUAUUUCAUAUAUGUAUUUCAUACAUAUGAAUAGAGACGAUUUCGACGAAAGUUCGAAUUUAGCAGGGGUUGAAAUGGAAUAAAAAUGAAUUGAUAAAACAGUCCUAGAAAAAAAUUCUGCCACUGAAACUUUAUGAUAUUCUAAAAAGAUUGGAUAGCAAAGAUUUCUCGUUUUAUCUCCUUUCUAUGAAAGGGAUAAAGCCAUAAGAAUUUAUAAGCACUAGAAAGUUUGACUUUAGUUCGAUUUAGAAUAGCACGCUUAGUUUCUUUUUCAAAAAGAAUUUGAAGGGUCUUUUUUGUUUCGUAGUAGUAGAAUUGCUAGAAAAUAAAGGAUUUCGUUGUAGAAUCCUAAAAUAAAGAUAAAGUACUUUAUUUUUUAAGUACUUGCCAAUCUAGUUAUCCACCUAUCUACAUAUCCUUUCUUUUAUCGUAAUUGCACUUAGGUGGGCCAAGAAGGCCUGGCUAUAAUCUAUAUCAGAGCAAAUUCCCUCUUUUUUUUUUUAUUCAAGAUAUUUAAUACAAUGAAAAAUUAAAGCACGAUUCCCCAUAGGAAUAUGUACAUAAGGGGGAUCUGUAGAUAAUAAUGCUGUUCGGACCUGGAGUUUCCCUAUAUACAGAUUAGGGAAACAUUUAUUCUUAUUCUAUUUUAUUAUGCCAUUCAAAAUAAUGGGGGGGAAUACCGAUUUAAGAGUCGUUCACUACUGCAAUUCAAAAAAUAAUAAUAAUAAUAUUAUAUUUAUUAUAUUAUUAUAUUAUAGUUUUAUUUUAUUAUAUUAUAGUUAAUUAUAUUAUUAUAUUCUAAUUUUAUUAUAUUAUAGUUAAUGGUUCUAAUUUGUUCUGAAUUUUGCAGCCUGCGACUGGAAAUCCACUUUUUCUUCUUUUCUUCUUUGUCAUCUCAAUAGAAUAGAAAGAAGCGGGAAGUUUUCUAGUGUUAGCAAUGUGUGUUUUAAGAUAGAAUCCAUCGAGGAGAAUAAGCGAAACUGGAUCCAAAAAAGCAGAAAUCUAUUUUUUGAAAAAGAUUCUAAAAAAGUAAGUAGAAUUAGAUUCAAGAUAAAAGAAAAAAAGGUUUUAGUAAUUAGUAAAAAAAUGUGAAUGAAUACUUGCUCUUUUCUCGAUUUUAGAUCGGAUUUUUUGGCGGCAUGGCCAAGUGGUAAGGCAGGGGACUGCAAAUCCUUUACCCCCAGUUCAAAUCUGGGUGCCGCCUGAUCAAUAAAAUACUUAGGAUUAUAGUACUGAUCAAACUCGACAAAUUCGUACCCCCCUAAGUUGGGGCACGAGAGUAACUAGGUUUGGCGAUACUGGAUUUUGAGAAUCCAUACCAUAGUUCUACCCUCAAACUAGGGUUUGUUUUGUGGGCAGUGGCCCAAACGGCUACCAAUAGGGAUGAGGUAGCGUUUCCUUAUUCUUUUAUUAAUUUAAAUCGAUUCGAUUCGGGAAUUUAAAACUACGAGACUAAGAUGUCAGAAAUCUUCGUAGCCAAAGGUCCCUAAGGGGCAUUCUUUUUUCAAUCUAAGAUUGAAGAAGGGACUUUGCGAAGAAAUAGAAAGACUUCCUAAUUAUCAUACAUUUUAUUUAUCGUACAUCUUACUACAUACACUUUAUCGUACAUCUUACUACAUACACUUCGUACAUCUUAUGCUACCUACAUACACUAAAGUAAAGGCUACUGAUUCUGUCGAGAAUUAGAUUGAAUAGGCUGAUCAAAAAUCAAUUUUUGGAUUGUGGAUAAGACCUCCUUACUCUUUCAUAGAAAGAUAGAAAGCGGGGCAGCAGUAGGGUUUAGGUCAAAAAUAAAAAUAAACAUGGGUAAGUUAGGUAUCCAAUAAAUAUUUAUCUAUCCUAAUUUUAUGGUGUAUUCUUACGUCCUUUGCUUAUAAAAAAGGUAACAAACGAAAGAAAAAAUCUCUCUAUUCCCGCGUCUUCUAUUCAGAGCAUCCCCUACUCUUUUUUAGGGAAAGAGCGAUGUAUCAUAUUUCUACUUAAUGCUCUCCAAUUCUACCAGAAAUCAUAUAAGAAUUUGUUAGGAGUAAAUUCCUUUAACGGAUUCAUCCAUAGUCUUAGGGCAGAAUGGCCUUUUGACUCUGUACCCUUGAUUCCACUAUGAUUAUUGAUCAAUAGUAGAAGAAUUCUUUCAUAGAAAUAGGAGACAUAAUUUACAUGGAUAUAGUAAGUCUCACUUGGGCUGCUUUAAUGGUAGUCUUUACAUUUUCUCUUUCGCUAGUAGUAUGGGGGAGGAGUGGACUCUAGGGAUACUACCAAUUGAUUGAGUAGUCGAAUUGUAGUAUCAACUCUUUUCUUUAAUUGAUCGUUUUGCAUUAAUAAUUUUGCCAAACUUUAUUUUUUCUCUCUUUCUUUAGUUUUGUUUCACUCUUGUAAGAAACUCUUUUAAGAAAGUAAGAAAGAGUCGUUCUAUUCCAGUAUAAUAGAAUAGAAAGGGCGAUUAUAGUAAUUCAUAACUUCUAUUCUACUAGAAAUUAUGAGUAAAAAGAAAGUUCUAUACAUAAGAAAAUUAGAACAUAAGAAAAUUAGACUUUCUUACACGAAGCUAUUCACAAUAUAUCGCACAUUUUCCAUUUAUACUAUUUUCUUAUUCUUAGAAAAUUUUUGAUGUUCUUUUUUUUUUUUUUUGAAGGAUCUCGAUUGAAGCAUCUCGCACCUUUUUUAAGCAUGAAAGAUUCGUAGGUUUUUUCCUUUUACUUUUUUUCUUUUACUAUAAUCUAUUCUAGUCUAUUCUCGUAUUAUUUUUCUCCCCCUCCUUGGAUUCUUUCAAUGAAGAAUUAUCUUCGAUUUUUUUGAUUUUGACUUGAUUGAAAUUAAGUGGAUGCAGUGAAAAAAGAAGUUGAAUUAGACUACUAUUUCAAUCUACUAAUCGAUUCUAUGUAGAUUCAAGAUAAUAUAAUAGAAAGAAUCUAAAGUGUGGUAGAAAAAACUAUAUGUAGUUCUUUCUACCACACUUUAUGAUUCCAACCAGACCCUUUCAUUUAAGACUUGGAUUUUUUAUUUUCUUUAAUCCCUUUUUCAUUUCUUCAAUGAUUAAUUGGAAUUCCAAUUAAUCAUUUUGACUGGCUGUUUUUACAUAAAUAAUAAGUAAAAAGGCAGUAGGAACUAGAAUGAACAAUGCUGUAGCAAUAAAUGCGAGAAUAUUUACUUCCAUAACCUCUUUAUUUAUUUAUUUUUUUCACAAUAACUCGGGAUGUAAUCCCAUGGAGAGGAAAAAGGGGUAUCCUGUAAAUUCAAGGGGAGGACUUGCAUUCUGAUAAUACUGAAUCAAUUCAAUAUUAUGAAUAUUGCAUCUAUCAAAUCAAUUCAUGGUGGAUAGUGGAAUAAUAUAACAUAGGAAGAUCUCUUAUCCAUACUAAGACCAAAAUAGGUUUUUUGAUUGGAUUCGAAACCCCCUCUAUUCUUUUUUCAUUCUUUUCUACUUUUGCUUUUCUAUAUGUAUAACCCAAAAUCUUUCUUAUCUUAUCCAAUUUCACUUCCUUUUUCUUAUAGUUAUACAUACAAUUAUGUAUGUAUUAUAUGACCAACUUUCUAUGGGUCACAUAGACAUCCCAAUAAGCAGUAGAAGUAGAAAUGAGAUGGAGAAAAGAGGAUCUUAAAUAAAAAGGAUCCCAUAUUUAAAUUUAGGAAAAAGAGCGUUUGCUUGGUUUUUAUUUUAUUAGGUUACUAUCCAUAUACGCUUUUUGGGGUCUAAAGAUGAGAGCAAAUCCAUAAAAAAAGGAGUCGGCAAAUGGAGUGAGAAUGAGGUGGAUUCUUUCCAAUUAUAUACACAAACAAAGUUGGAACUAGAAAAUGGAAGGGGUGCGGUUUAACCCCCAAAAAGUAACUAAUUAGAUGAAAUUCAUUCUCUAACAAUAAACGAAUACGGUUUAUGUAUGGAUUCCGGUAAAAUACCGGUACUCGAUUUCAUAAGAGUCGAAUAGGAAGUUAAGAUGAGGGUGGUAUCAUCAUAAAAAUGGAGUAGUAUCCUAAAUUAUACUAAUCCACGUAUGAUAUGUAUGCCUUUCCUUAUCAACCGGAAGUAGUGCAAAAAAAAUUCUAUACUGCACUGCUCUCUUUUUACUGAGAAAUGCAAAAAAAUAAAAGUGAAGUAAGGGUGCCCCAUAGAUAUUUGAUCUUGCCUCCUGUCCCCCCCCCCCCUUUUUUCAUCAAAAAUUUCCAUGAAAAAAGAAAAGAUGAAUUUGUCCAUUCAUUGAACCCUAGUUCGGGACUGACGGGGCUCGAACCCGCAGCUUCCGCCUUGACAGGGCGGUGCUCUGACCAAUUGAACUACAAUCCCUGCGGGGUGUAUGGCAUGCCUAUUCUUAAAUAGAAGAUUCGAUCCGUCUGUCGUGCUCUAAGAAAUAGACGAAUCAUAUACUACAUACCCGCAUAUCCUAUGCGGGUAUAGUGAGAGUGGCAUAACUAGUAUGUUGCGAUUUUUUAUCCCUAAAAAUAAACGAUAAUCCGCUUUUCCAUAAGAAAAGCUCUUUUCUUUGUCUUUUCUUUGUAAGACAAAGAAUCAGAGAGAUACGGAUUAGAAAUCAAUUUCCCCGUUUCUCUUUAUCCUUUAUUUCUAUAGAUAAUACAUCUUUUUUCUUCCAUAAAAAAAAUAGAUUUAGUUCAUAUUCACGAAGCCCUAAAUUUUUGGGCCGAGCUGGAUUUGAACCAGCGUAGACAUAUCGUCAACGAAUUUACAGUCCGUCCCCAUUAACCGCUCGGGCAUCGACCCAGGAAGAAUUUUUUCUAGGCUUUUUGAUAAUCUAUGAUUAACCUCUUUUUAUAAUACUCCCUACCCCCAGGGGAAGUCGAAUCCCCGCUGCCUCCUUGAAAGAGAGAUGUCCUGAACCACUAGACGAUGGGGGCAUCACUAGACGAUAGCACCAUAUACAACCACUCGUCAUUAUACUAUAAUGAUAGUAUGAGCAGUUUUUUGGAAUUGUCAAUAUACUCUUCGAACUAGAUCAAAGAAAAGAGUCUUUACUACUUUUCUGUUAUGCUUUCAUAGGAUUUUUUUUAGUUGAUGGUUAGGUUAAUUCACGGAUCAUCCCCUACUUUUUAAGCUUUUUAAGGUUAAGGAAAUUCGUUUAAAGGGUAUAGAAUACGAAUAGACUAAUAAAAAGGAAUCUAAAUUAGUUCAGUACAGGUAUUGAUUGCUAUAACAGGAAAAAGAGUCCAAUUUCAUUUUUUUUUGUAAUUUUAACUCUGUGCUUCGUUUAGUGUUCAGACCAAAAAUGUGGGCAUCUCGCACUAAACUAAGUCAUAAAAUUGCAAAAAAAAAAAAAAUGGGGACAUUUUCAAAAAAGAAAUGAAUGAAUUUAGUAGAAAAGUACUUUAUCGGAUUCGAACCGAUGACUUCUGUCUUACCAAGGCAUUAUUCUACCACUAAGCGAAAAGCCCUUUAUCGGAUUUGAACCGAUGACUUAUGCCUUACCAUGGCAUUACUCUACCACUGAGUUAAAAGGGCUUUUUAUUCAAUAAUUAGCCACUUUCAUUUACCAUUAUGGGUCUACUGCAUAAUGUACAUAUUACAUGUAUAUAUUAAUGUACAUAAUAUAUGUAUAUAUAGAGAUAUGUAGAGAUUUUCUUUUCUAUAUAUCGAGAUCGAGAUAUCGAAGUUUAUUUAUGGCGAGGUUUAAAAUCUUGAGAAAAUUAAGAAAAAUAAGAAAAUCUUUCAUAUUAUCUCUUAUCACUUGCACAAAGUAUAGGUAUUUAUUAUUAUAUAAAUAAAUACAUAUACAUAUCAUGUAUAAUAAAAUACAUGAACAGAGAAUUGACACACCCAAAAAUUAUUAUAUAUAUCGGAUACACUUGAAGAGGCUAAGUUCAUAGGUAUGUAAACACGAUCUCGUACGACUCACCAAACCAAAGUCCGGAAGUUCCAUUUUUUUUGUUAAGAAGAGAACAAAUAUGUAUCAAUUGUUGAAUCGGAUACAACAAUGGGCCAAAAAGGCCAAAGGGGCAAUAAGAACUGCUGUUAAAAAAAUGAUAAACUUUUUUUUUAUCUUUAGGCUAUUCACUUUUCACGUGCUCAGAAUGUUCUGCAGAAUUAGGGACUUUUUUCUUCUAUUGGCUGAUCUUAUGAUGAGAACUUUCUCCAUUUAUGUUUUAUUUCCCCUAAUUCUAAUUGGGUGGGGUAUAAAGGAAUUUGCGCUCUUCAUAUACCCCUAUGGCUGGAUAGUAAUUUUCAGUGAUAUACUUCUUAUCUGUUUUGGUGAGAGAUUGAAACAAUUUUUAGCAGGCAUCUUUUGGAAAAACUUUCGAGUUCAAAACUUUUUCAUUUUUCUUAAAAAGUUUUGGACGGAUUUGUUGAAACGAUUUUCAACAGGUACCCCUUGGAAAUGGGGUACUUGACUAUUCUACAAGGAUUAUAGUGGAUUUGGAACAAACUAUGUUGGAGUUUUAUCAACAAUUUUAUUCUAAAAAAAAGGGUUGGGAGUCGAAUUUAUACUGCAGAGUAUCAAAAUUAUACUACUGCCUGUCCAACAAAAAAUAAAAAGCAUAUCCUACAUACCUAACUCCUCCAGGUUCAGGGUUUUCCGUUUCCGAACACUAGGAAAAGGGAGGAUUCUAGAUUUUCGAUCCUAGGGUUAAAAGGAAGGGGAUAGAUACCCAAUAUGAUUCUUAGGAGGAACGUUUGGUAAUGGUUCUCUAUGCUCUUUUUUAUGUGUUCUUAGUUCUAUUCAUCUUCUUUGAUUCUUUUAAACAAGAAUCUAAUAAACUAGAAUUGAGCGGAAAAGAAGAGAGGAAAUUAGGAAAUGGAGAGGAUCGACUAACCAGCGAUUCGUAUCUGCUUUUCUUUUUAAGUUAUUACUCUUUGUUGCUUCUCUCAAGCGAUAGACGAAGUCUAUGAAAAAUUUUGGAAAGUCAUCUCACUCCUUCCCUAUGGCUCGCACUUCAUGAUACGUGGAGGAAGAAAACAUCUUUCGCAAUUUCUUUGUUCAAUUCUGAACAAAAAAGAAAAGGAAGAAAGGGAUUUAUGGGGACUGUACUGCCUUUAUAUCUCUUAGUAUAUAUUGUAGGAAUAAUUAAACGAUUCCUUACAACAGUCUGGCACAUUUACGUCCUCACAAAUAAUGAUCCUUGUAGUCAUAACCGUAGAAUAGAUCCUAAUCGAAAUGCAUACAUUUGGUUCAUACGCUAUUGGUAUGGUAAGAAGAGAUGUAUUUUACAGACUAGAGAGGGGCUAUCUAAAUCCUAAAGUAAAGGUCCGCGAUUGAAGUACCAACCGCCCACCGCCAUGAACUUUCUCCUUUGAUUCGAUAAGGUGGAAUUAGCCUCCUUCUCGAAUGGCUACCCUUGACAAAGGGUAGCAUUGGUAUCAUAAUCUACAUGUAGCGGGUAUAGUUUAGUGGUAAAAGUGUGAUUCGUUCUAUUAAUAACUGAAUUUGAAAUGAUAUACUUAAGGCAUCCUUAAGUUUUUUUAUAUUCAUAUUCCGAUGAAAACUUUAGUUCUUAUAAAGGAUUUAAUCCUUUUCCUCUCAAUAGCAUAUUGAGGAAGAAUAUACAUUCUCCCGAUUAGUAUCCAAAGACUAAUUGAAUUUGCAUCUAAAAUACAAAUUCGAUUAUGAGUACGUAGUCGCGAAGCAUAAUUUUGCAUUGGAUUAAGUAUUCCGAUAAGUAUUCCGAUUGAAUAAAUAUGAGUAAAGGAUCUAUGGAUGAAGAUACAAAAAAGGUUAUUUCCAAUCGUAACUAAAUCUUCUUUUGUUUUGUAGGAAAUGGAAGCCCAAUAGCUAAAAAACGAUGGUUUUGGUUUACUAGAACCAUCAGUAUAUUAUAUUGUUUCAGCUCGGUGGAAACCCAACUCUUUUCCUCAGGAUCUCUUGAAUGAAAUUAGGGAACGAAGUAAGUAGAUUAGAUAGAUAUUUAGGAGAAUUUCUAUCUCCUAUUCUAUAGGGAUCAUCUAGAAAGCGGAGAGCUUUGGUUCCAUUCAGACAGAAAAGCUGACAUAGAUGUUAAGUGGUGAGAAUAUCCAUAAAGGAGCCGAAUGAAAUCAAAAUUUCAUGUUCGGUUUUGAAUUAGAGACGUCAAAAAUAAUCAACCAACGUCGACUAUAACCCCUAGCCUUCCAAGCUAACGAUGCGGGUUCGAUUCCCGCUACCCGCUCCAUUCUGUAUAAAAAGACUAUUCCAUUUGUUUGUCUAGACAUGGUAGAGACUUGUAUUCCACCUUUUUCUUUCGUCCACCAGUUUUCGGCCCUACAGAGCGGAGUAGAGCAGUUUGGUAGCUCACGAGGCUCAUAACCUUGAGGUCACGGGUUCGAUUCCCGUCUCCGCACUUAGCAGUCCGUAUAAAUGGACUAUUCUAUUUGUAUAUAUAUGAUAGAGGGCUAUAUCCAACCCUUUUUUUUUAUUUAGCAGGCAGAAAAAAAAAAAAAAAAAAUGAAAGAAAAGCAUAGCCUAUCCCCCUUUCAAAACCGUUUGUCUCUUGUUUGUCUCGGCGAAUCCCCGGUUUAGGGAACUUUCUUAGAAAGUUGGAUUUGCACCCUCGAAGCACUCUUUUUUUUUGAGUCGGGUGCAAAGGAAGGAUAAGAUAGGAAGGGGUACAGUACUAGACUAACAACUACUUAAUUUAAUAUUCAUUUAAUAUUAAAUAGUAAUUUAAUAGAAGUAGUUAAGUAGUCAUUUACUAUAAUAAUUUACUAUAUUAAAAAUAAAUAUAUAUAAUUUACUAUAAUAUAAACUAUAAUAUUAAAUAUAAACUAUAAUAUUAAGUAGUUAAGUAGUCAACUAGACUGAAUUUUUUAUCAUAGCACCUUACUAAAUUAAGCUGGCGAGCGACGGGAAUCGAACCCGUAUCUUCUCCUUGGCAAGGAGAUGUUUUACCACUGAACUACGCUCGCUACAUUGAACUACGCUUGCUACGUCCUAUAUUUUAUAGGGUAUAUCCACCUGGGUCGACCGUCUAUGUCUGGGUCGACCGUCUAUGUCUGGGUCGACCGUUUCAUUUUCUAUUAGAGUUUUCUUUUUAUUAACUGUCUAUCAAUCAAUAUUCUAAUGGCAAUAGAAUUUCAUAAUAAUGAAAGAGAAGAGGUAAUAAUUCGGAACGAAAAUAGCAUUUUAAUGUGUAUAAAAAUCCUAAUUUUUUCGAAAAAGGGCCUUUCUUUUUAUUUAUUUUGUAUCGGGUUACUAAAUACUAAACAAAUUCAAGAAAUAAGAGAAUUCAGAAUAGCUACCAGAAAGACUAAUCCAAUCCAUAAUGAUGUACCGGAAAAUACAACGUUUUUAUUAUUUGACCAACCAUCAGGAGAAGCAAAUACAAGGGGUACACUAAUUACUAAAACUGAGGAAGUCGCAAUUAAUGCAAAAACAGCUAAUUGGAAAGCAAUAUUCAUAUUUAUAAUCCUCCAAACUACCUUCAAAUAAAGUUGACUACAUAUUUCUAUUUGAUCCCUCACUUAAUCAAAAUUGUAUGAAAAUACAAGAAGUAGGAGGGGUUUAAUCAUGAAUCCAUUGAUUCUUCUUUUUAUUAAAACUUUUUCCUUACCGCUUUAUACAGAGAUAUAUUGAAAGUGGACUUGCAUCUGAGAUGAGUUAGUAGAUCAUUUCAUAUAGCUAUGUUCUAUUUGUAGGAAUAAAAUAGGGAUUGGGCUGUGGAGAGAUGGCUGAGUGGUUGAUAGCUCCGGUCUUGAAAACCGGUAUAGUUCUAGGAACUAUCGAGGGUUCGAAUCCCUCUCUCUCCUUUUGUAUAUUGAAUACAUUUGCUUCUUUCUAUCUAUGUUUUUCUUUGUGCAGCCCCCCUUAUAUCAUUCUUUCAUAAAAAAGCAUGAAUGGCUCGGCUAGAUGGAAUAACCGAGCCAGAACAGAAAAAAACUAGAACAGGUAUAAAUAAAAAAUCUUAGUUAAGAGGGGUCAUGUAAAGAACAGGUUCCAAAUCGCGAUCAAUUCCCUUUUCAAAGCCUGCUGCAGCAGCUCGGGCUCUUCCUGCAUGCCACAAAUGGCCCACAAAAAAGAAGAAUCCUAGAACAAAAUGGGAGGUCGCUAACCAACUUCUAGGGGAGACAUAAUUAACAGCAUUGAUCUCGGUAGCUACGCCACCCACGGAAUUUAAAGAGCCUAAAGGAGCAUGGGUCAUAUAUUCUGCUGAACGUCGUUCUUGCCAAGGUUGGAUGUCUUUUUUCAACCUACUCAAGUCCAAACCGUUGGGGCCCCUUAGAGGUUCUAACCACGGAGCACGAAGGUCCCAAAAACGCAUAGUUUCCCCUCCAAAAAUAACCUCUCCCGUUGGGGAACGCAUUAGAUAUUUACCUAAACCCGUCGGUCCUUGGGCAGACCCUACAUUAGCUCCAAGACGCUGGUCUCUAACUAGAAAAGUAAAUGCUUGAGCUUGAGAAGCUUCUGGUCCAGUGGGCCCGUAAAACUCACUUGGAUAAGCCGUAUUAUUGAACCAGACAAAACAACAAGCGAUAAAACCAAAAACAGAUAAAGCACCUAAACUAUAAGACAAGUAAGCUUCGCCAGACCAUACAAAUGCACGGCGAGCCCAUGCAAAGGGUUUGGUUAAGAUAUGCCAAAUUCCGCCAAGUACACAAAUGGAACCCAACCAUACAUGUCCCCCAAUUAUAUCUUCUAAAUCAUCCACACUAACAAUCCAUCCUUCUCCCCCAAAAGGGGAUUUUAGUAAAUAACCAAAUAUAACACCGGGGCUAAGGGUCAAAUUGGUAAUUUUUCUUACAUCCCCCCCCCCGGGGGCCCAGGUAUCAUAUACGCCGCCAAAAUAAAGAGCCUUGAGUACUAGAAGAAAAGCACCUAGACCUAACAAAAUUAAGUGAAUACCCAAAAUUGUAGUCAUUUUAUUUCUAUCUUUCCAUACAUAACCAAAGAAUGGAAAAGAUUCUUCAAGAGUCUCGGGUCCCAGAAGCGCGUGAUAAAUGCCACCGAAGCCUAAGACUGCGGAGGAAAUUAAGUGAAGUACUCCGGAUACAAAGUAAGGAAAAGUAUCUAGAACUUCUCCCCCCGGCCCUACUCCCCAACCUAGAGUAGCUAAGUGCGGAAGUAAAAUCAACCCUUGUUCAUACAUGGGCUUUUCUGGUACGAAAUGGGCCACUUCAAAUAGGUUCAUUGCUCCGGCCCAGAAUACGAUUAAUCCGGCAUGGGCUACAUGAGCUCCAAGUAGUUUACCGGACAAAUUGAUAAGUCUGGCAUUCCCAGCCCACCAAGCAAAGCCGGUGGUUUCUUGGUCACGACCAGCUAAAACGAAAGUUCCAUUAAAGAGCGUUUCCACGUGGUAGAACCUCCUCAGGGAAUAUAAGAUUUUCAUGAGGCUGAUCCUGAGCUGCCAUCCACGCACGAAUACCCUCGUUUAAAAGAAUAUUUUUGGUGUAGAAAGUCUCAAAUUCAGGAUCUUCCGCUGCACGGAUUUCCUGGGAAACGAAGUCAUAGGCACGUAGGUUCAGAGCCAGACCAACUACGCCAAUAGCACUCAUCCAUAAACCGGUGACGGGUACAAAUAGCAUAAAGAAAUGUAACCAACGUUUAUUGGAAAAAGCAACACCAAAGAUUUGGGACCAAAAGCGGUUAGCAGUGACCAUUGAAUAAGUUUCUUCAGCUUGAGUUGGGUUAAAAGCACGGAAGGUAUUUGCACCAUCGCCAUCUUCGAAUAGAGUGUUUUCUACGGUAGCCCCGUGGAUAGCGCAUAGCAGAGCUGCGCCUAAUACUCCGGCAACUCCCAUCAUAUGAAAUGGGUUCAACGUCCAAUUAUGAAAUCCUUGGAAGAAAAGGAUGAACCGAAAUAUAGCUGCUACGCCAAAACUCGGCGCAAAGAACCAACCAGAUUGUCCCAGUGGAUAAAUAAGGAAUACGGAAACAAAAACAGCGAUUGGACCAGAGAAUGAAAUUGCAUUAUAAGGCCGCAAUUGAACAGACCGAGCAAGUUCAAAUUGACGUAGCAUGAAACCUAUUAGUGCAAAAGCUCCAUGGAGAGCGACAAAAGUCCAAAGACCACCUAAUUGACACCAACGAGUAAAAUCUCCCUGUGCUUCCGGUCCCCAUAGUAGCAACAAAGAGUGUGCUAAACUAUUGGCAGGUGUGGAAACCGCCGCGGUUAAGAAAUUGCAACCUUCCAAAUAGGAACUAGCCAAUCCAUGGGUAUACCAAGAAGUUACAAAAGUAGUCCCUGUAAACCAACCCCCUAAAGCGAAAUAAGCACAAGGAAAGAGCAAUAAGCCGGACCAUCCUACAAAAACGAAACGGUCCCUUCGUAACCAGUCGUCCAUAAUAUCAAAUAGAUCGUUUUCUUCUUUAGUAACUCUACCAACGGCUAUAGUCAUAGUGAUCCUCCUAUUCAAUUACUUCAACCAUUUUCGAGCACCUCAUAUUACUUCCAGGGCAUACGAUAGUUUGAUUAUCUGUGGACGAUUUCUUUCUCGUUCAAUGCCCUUUUUCAGUCGUCUCGAAGAUAGAAAUUUUGCAUUUUUAUCUAUGGGGUCACAACCCAGGUCGUGCUAAAUCCACAAAUUUCAUUUAAUUCAUUUUUCUUAUACUAUAGAAAAGAAAUAAAGAAAUAAACAUUUGAAUUCAGCAUUAUUCCAUGAUUUCUAUUUCAAAGCCCAUUUUUUAAGGGAAAACCCCUCUUUUCUCAUUCGCUCUCUAUUGCAUGGGUGGAAGAACAAAAAUGGAAUUCUGAAAAAAAAAAGAAAGAUAUUGAAAAGAAAAAUUGACUUUUGAAACCCUUUAUUUAUUAUGUGUAACGGAAAAGAGUUGCGAUUUCUUCUUAUUCCUAUAGAACGUCUAGUAACAAGAAUAUGAAAUCGUAAAUAGCGAAAAAUUCUUGCCUUGCGCGAUCUAAGUCUAAGGAAAUACAAAAAUGCGCUUAUACACCAAUUUCAUCCACAUCGAAUUUAUAUAUCAGAAUAGCAGAUAGAGGCAUUAUUCAAGGGGUCAGGUCUACUUACUUUAUCUUUCUUUCCCAUUUUAUUGUGGGUUUGAUAAGAACCUUUUUUGCUUUGUGGAUAAAUAAAAAAAAAGAGUUUUUUUUUUUAACCCGCUUGUUUUAUUCUAACAAAUUCUAUAUGGAACUGCCCGCUGAAGAGAAAAAAGAUCUGAUUGUCUUUCAGCCUAUAUCGAAUUUUGGAAAGAAAAAACCAGAAUUUUCUUCUUUUUUUUAUUAACAUUAAGAAAAAAGAAUAUAAUUAAAAUGGAAUUGGCAAUAUAAUUUUUAUGCACUUUUGAAAUGAAAGAAAAAGGAAGGAUUUUUGACAAUCGUUAUUUCUUGCCUCUGCCAUAUCAUGAAAACCUUUCGAUUUGGAACGGGGAGAGAUGGCUGAGUGGACUAAAGCGGCGGAUUGCUAAUCCGUUGUACAAUUUUUUUGUACCGAGGGUUCGAAUCCCUCUCUUUCCGCCCCCUCGGAUCAUUUGGGACUUUCGAAUUGUAAGGAAUUCUGACCCCCGGAUUUUCUCAUAAAUAAAUGUACGAAAUAAAUCCAAUUUAAAUUUAUAAGAAAAAAUUCCAAAAAAUUUUUGAUUUUUACUCCUCACGCCCAGGAUUACGUCCUGGGUCAUUAGAUAAGAAUCCAAAGAUAAAGAGGGAAACAAAGAAUAUCACUACUGUAUAAACAAAAAGUUUGAGAGUAAGCAUUACAUAAUCUCCAAAAUUUUUUUUGUUAAGGAAUAGAUUACCCAUUUUUCCUUACCACACGGAUCCACUAGGAUGGGUUUUCUUUAUUUUGACACCUAAAAAUGCAAAAAUCAAUUCUUAAAAAAAUUGCAAGAAUUGCUUUAUAAUAAGCACUCUUAUCAAUAUCAAAAAUUAGUUUAGGUAUUGUGUGGGUACCUAAAGGUACCUGUUCAACGUAGGCGCAGGGGGUAGAAAGGCUGAUCAAAAUUUAUUGCUGCAGCUAUACAUUCAAUGUAGAAGAAUUUUCAUUUUAGAAUCGAAGGUUCAUAAUAUAAGACUUCUCGGCUCUUAUCCAUUUUUUUUUUUGGAAUGAAUACAUCAUUCAAUUUGGCAGGCAGAAUAGUAAAGAUUUCAUCGAAAACUUACAGCAGCUUGCCAAACAAACGCUAAUAGAAAAAAGAGUACAGGUAUGACAGGCAUAACAUCCACGAUUGGGUUGAAAAUGGCAUAAGCUUCGGGUAAUUUGGCGAAGAAAAAGCUAGUCGGACAAAGAACAGAAUUAAAACAGAUACAGGUUAAACUAAGUAUAUUAGGCAUAACAAGCAUUUCAUUCUUGUAGAGUAGAUAAUUGGAUUUUGAUUGAGUUAUUUUUAUAAGGGAAAAAGCAAAAGAAAAGGUAGAUUCCAAAUCCUUUUUUCUUCGGACUUUCCCAAACACAAAAUACCUCCUUGUAUUCGCAUUCUCAAAUGAGAAUGGAAGAAAUUCGACUUUCAUAUAAUAUCUUAAUAGAAUUCCAUGUAAUGAUCAAUGCAUUUUUUGGAUUCUAUAUUAUCUGCAUGUCUAGAAUCCUAGCAAGAAAAUAUCCCUCAUUUUUUAGGUAAUUGAAGUGGGAUUGACGAAUAAUAUAUAAAAAUAAUAGUGUUUAUUAGUGUUUCAUAAAACGAAAUGACAUGGGGCGUGGCCAAGUGGUAAGGCAGCGGGUUUUGGUCCCGUUACUCGGAGGUUCGAAUCCUUUCGUCCCAGAUUUUUUCUGAUGAAGCGAAAGAUAGAAUCGUAUUGUGCCCUGCACGACACAAAAGUUUAUUAAAGAGAAUAAUUAUCUCUUAUGAACUCGUAGAUUAGAUGCAUUUCUAAGCAUUUUUUUCUUUCUCAGAAAACAAAAAAUAAAGUGUCAAGUCCAGUCAAAUUUAAUAUCUUUAUUUUCAUGAAAAAUUUUUGUCUAUCAGGCACAUUCAGGAUAUGCCCCUACUACUCAUUACUCAUAUGUGUUUUGAAUAUGUGUUUUGAAAUUGGAACUUUUUGGAUAAACUUUAUACCCCGUAUCUAUGAAGUGGGAAUUCUUACAGGAUCCAUUUGACACCCAAUAUGAAAGAAAAGAAGUACCCCCUAUUUAUUUUCCCAAAA